AUGGCCAAAAGCACGGCCAAGGAUGGCGAUAGUGAUGGCAAGAUGAAACAAAGGACCUUGCUAGGCUUCUUCGGCAAGCCCAAGCCGGCAGCGAGCGCAGACAGCCCCUCGACGAGCCCCAUAUUACCUCUAGAUGGCAAGGCACGUUCGAUCGCAUCAUCUAGCAAGCCAGCCUCGUCGUCACCUGCUCCACAAGCAGACUCAAGCCAGAGCCUCGCGAACGAGUCAAAUGGCACGAGCAGCACCCGCAAGCGCGUGUCCAAGAGCCCAUCACUCGCUCGAGCCAAGAAGAGUAAGCUCGACUCCUCCACGCCACCUACAUCAGAUCCAGAGCCCGCGUCUGUCAACGUGUCGUCCGAGCCAACAGUCCUCAGCUCCAGUCCUGUGCCUGCGCAACGCUCGUCUGCUUCGCUCAUCCCGCGAAAGACCGGCAAGCGCGCCUCGGCUGUGAGCUACGCUGAGAGUGAGGAUGAUGACGAUGAGCCCAAGAGCUCAAAGGCGACAACGCGAAAGAAAAGCAAGGUUGUGCUCGACUCUGACGAUGAAUCUGAUUACAAGAUCGACCAAGAUGACAAGGCCUCCCCUGACCUGCUCAGCGUAGCAAGCAGUGAAGACUUGCGUUCCGACGCGUCGCUUUCGCCAGCACCCCGUCCGUCGACAAAGAAGCGCCCUGCAAAAUCCUCGAGCAAGAGCAAAGCAAGAGCGAAGCCGGCCGAGUCCGAACGGAGCGCUAGCGAACUCGAGCUCAGCGAAGACGACGACAAGCCGCAAAAGCUGGCACCUCUCGCAAAGCAGCGCGAAGCCGCUCGCAAAGCGAUUCGUGCCGUUCAAAUCGGUUCGGCCAUUCGUGACGAAGGUGAAGUUGGUACGGGCCCACAAUCCUUGGGCGGAGGUGCACACAAGUCUCGGGCAGAGCUAGAAAAAAUCAAGCAAAAAGCCAAGGAAGACGCUUUCGAGUUUCUCGUCGAUCCAAGAGACGCAAACAAAAAUCGACCAGGCCAUGCCGACUAUGAUCCUUCUACACUCUACGUUCCGACAAAAGCGAUGGAGAACCUGACGCAAUUCGAGCAACAGUUCUGGGAGAUCAAAAAGAACCACUUUGACACUGUGCUCUUCUUCCAAAAAGGCAAAUUCUAUGAACUUUAUGAAAACGAUGCUCGGAUCGGUCAUAGCGAGUUUGGUCUCAAGCUCACAGAUCGCGUCAAAAUGUGCAUGGUCGGCGUGCCGGAGGCCACCUUUGACUUUUGGGCUGCUAAGUUCCUGGCGCAAGGUUACAAAGUAGGUCGGGUCGAUCAGGCAGAGACUGCGAUAGGCAUGGAGAUGCGACAUAAAGACGCAAAAUCUGCUGGCGAGAAAGCUUCGUCCAAAAAGAUUGUCCAGCGCGAACUGAAUUGUGUUCUCACGAGUGGUACCAUCGUCGACGAACGUAUGCUCAGCGAUGAUCUGUCGCAACACUGCAUUGCUAUCAGAGAAUACACCCCAAGUUCAAGCGCACGGCCCCAGUUUGGUCUCUGCGUACUCGAUGCAUCUACUGCCGAGUUCAGGAUUAUCGCCUUUGCCGACGAUAUCUGUCGAACCAAGCUCGAGACCACGCUCCGCCUGCUUCGUCCUCGCGAGCUUGUGCACGAGCGUGUCAAUCUAUCACAGGCAACCACACGCAUACUACGCAAUGUGUUACCGCUUCAAUGCACGUGGAACGCCCUCAAGGCGGCAGACUUUGCAGACGGCAAGGGGGACAUCCAUCGCAUCUUUGCAGCUGUCAAUCGAGCCGUGCCUGCUCCCAUCACGCAGAUCUACGACAAUGAGCAAGCUAUGUCUGCAUUAGGCGGCCUUAUCGCCUAUCUUCGCUCGCUCAAUCUCGACAAAGAUCUCGUGACGACAGGCAACUUUCAGCUCUUUGAUCCCGUUCGAUCUGGCGAACGGAUGGUUCUUGAUGGCCAAACGCUUGCGCAUCUCGAAGUCUUGCAGAACAGUCAAGGUGGAUCAGAAGGUACAUUGAUCAGCCUGCUCAGUCGAUGCGUCACACCAUUCGGCACGAGAAUGCUGAAAGGGUGGGUCUGUCAACCCCUGCGGGCGGCAUCAGCUAUCAACGCUCGCUUAGAGAUCGUUGCCUGCCUCAUCGAGCAUGCCGACUUUGCCAAUACGUUCGAAAAGGCGACAAAGACGAUGCCGGAUCUCGAACGUCUUAUCAGUCGCAUUCACGCGGGCACGAUCAAGACCAAGGACUUUGAUAGGGUCGUCACAUGCUUCGAACAGAUCGACAGGCUGCUCGGCCGACUCGGAAGCAUCGCAAAAACUCUUCCGGCUGCUGGUCUUGCGCAGACGAUCGCGAGUGCGCCUGAUCUUGUACCACUAGUAGAGAAACUACGAGGUCUGUUCCAGGUCGAAGAGCACGAGCUGGUGCCACUCUCUGGCGCUGACACACUCUAUGACGACUGCGUCGAUGCCGUCGUUGCUAUCGAGAAGGAUUUGUACGACUGUCUGUCCCAGUAUCGCCGCAACCUCAAGAGCAACGACUUGACAUUUAAAGAUAUAGGCACAAAAGAAAUCUAUCAAGUGCAGGUUCCCGUCAAGAUCAAAGUACCAUCAAAUUGGACGCAGAUGAGCAAGACCAAGGACUGGCAUCGAUACUACAGCCCCGAAGUCGAGAAGCUUGUCAGACAGCUCAAAGAGGCGCGUGAGAGACGCAACGCGGCGAUUAAGCAGUUCAAAGGCAGACUCUGUGCCGCAUUCGAUCAGCACUACGACAUUUGGCUACAGGCGGUCAAGCUGAUUGCAGAGAUCGACUGCCUCCUCAGUCUCGCCAAGUCGUCGGCAGCCUUAGGAGAGCCAUCCUGUCGACCUGUCAUUGUUGACAGCGAUCGAGCGAGUGUUGACUUUGAGAAUCUGCGACAUCCCUGCAUUUUUGCGUCGACGCCCGAUUUCAUCCCAAAUGACGUGCAACUUGGCGCCUCGGCCAAGAGCACAAUGCUUGUUACUGGCGCUAACGCGAGCGGCAAAUCGACCCUUUUACGAUCUGUCGCAAUUGCAACGAUCAUGGCUCAGAUUGGCUGCUUCGUACCCGCUUCCGCUGCUAAACUCUCACCAGUAGACACCAUCUUGACGCGUAUGGGAGCACAAGAUCAGAUCUAUGCUAAUGCGUCAACCUUCAAGGUUGAGAUGGACGAUACCAAAAAGAUCCUCUCGGACGCUUCGAUGAGCUCGCUGGUCAUUCUCGACGAGCUCGGACGUGGUACAGAAUCGGGCGAUGGGUACGCCAUCGCCUUCGCCACAUUGCACGCUCUGGCGACGCGCAAUAAUUGCAUCGGCUUUUUUGCUACCCACUUCACCUCGCUCGUCUCUGAUUUUGCCUAUCAUACACAGAUAAGGCCGUGUUGCAUGGCGACGGAGAUGAACGACAACACUCGCGAGGUGACAUUCCUCUACCGGCUCGUCGACGGCGCCACGACAAAGUCUUACGGUCCCAAUGUCGCCAAGAUGGCAGGCAUUCCUUCUGAUCUGGUCGAGCGUGCUAUUGCCAUCUCCAGCCAAUUCGAGGUUCAGACGAAGCAGCGCGAAGCAUCUAAGCGAAAGUCGGAAGAUCUGCCAUUGACUCUACAAACCGAUACAAGCUAUCUGGUAAAGCAAUCGCGUGCUGUCGCUCAAUCAACAGCCUUUACGAAGACGAAUGGCCAGCUCGCCCGGACGCUCUUUACUAUCCGUGAGAACAUCCAAGUGAUGUCGCUAUAG